UUGGAGACACAGGUGGCCGGCGAUUCUUGCCUGAUGCAGCAGGUGCAGCUUUAAUAGGCUUCGAUUUGGACCCCGCAUAGAUGAGGUGCUUUGGAUCUGAGGGGCCAAGGAUUAUAGCCACUCGGGAUUGGGAUGGAGGUGCAGGUAGUGGAAGCAGAUUGGACGGAGGUGCAGCUGCCGCUGCCGGUGCUGCCGAGUCCCCUGUGCCGGCGUCCUUGCGCUUGACCUCCGGAUCCACGCGGUGCUUGUCGACAGUCACAGUGGCGUCCCUUCGGGACGGCUCGAUGGGUCAGUACCAGUAG